AUGACUCGAGACAUCGAGAACAAGGCUGCCCCCGGCAUCCCGUACUUCACGCCAUUCCAAGAUCCCCCAGCUGGUACUCCACAUGAUGCAGCCUCGGCCCCGACGCUCUUCCAGCCUCUGCGCAUCCGUGGAGUCGAGCUACACAACCGUUGGGGUGUUGCGCCCAUGUGCACGUACUCUGCCGGCCAGGAUGGUCGUCUGACGGACUGGCACCUGGUCCACCUGGGUCAAUACGCGCUGCACGGCGCCGGCCUGGUCAUCGCCGAGGCCACGGCCGUCGAGCCGCGCGGUCGCAUCAGCCCGCACGACUCCGGCCUCUGGGACGACGAGCAGAUUGCGCCCCUCAGACGCAUCACCGACUAUAUCCACGGUCAGGGGUCACACGCGGCAAUCCAGCUGGCCCACGGGGGCCGUAAAGCGAGUAGCCUGCCCCCCUGGAUCCGUCUGCCCGGAAGCAUAGUCGCACCUGAGCACCUUGGCGGCUGGCCAGACCAUGUCGUGGGGCCGAGCGGGCUGCGCUUCGACGAGGACCAUGUCGUGCCGCAUGAGUUGACUUCAGCACAAAUUGGCGACGUGGUCCAAAAGUUUCGCGAUGCCGCCGCGCGGGCUGUCAAGGCCGGGUUCGACGUCAUCGAGGUUCACGGUGCGCACGGCUAUUUGAUAAGCAGUUUCCUGUCGCCCACCUCCAAUAAACGAAAUGACGAAUACGGCGGCAGCUUCGAGAACCGAACCCGUCUACUCCGCGAGGUCCUCACGGCCAUCCGCGGCGUCAUUCCCGCCAAUAUGCCUCUUUGGCUGCGCAUUUCUGCCACUGAGUGGAUGGAUCAUUCUGGUGAGCCCUCAUGGGAUCUCCAGAGCAGCAUCCGUUUGGCCAGGCAGCUCCCCGCCCUGGGCGUCGACGUCCUCGACGUCAGCUCCGGCGGCAACUCGGCUGCUCAGAAGUUCACCGUCUCUCAGACGUACCAGACGGACCUUGCGGGCGAGAUUCGGAGAUCACUCCAUGCUGAGGGCAUAUUCAAUUUGCUGAUCGCUACCGUUGGUCAGGUCAGGGAUGGCCGCUUCGCCGCUUCGCUAGUCCAAACGGGUGGAGAGGAACCGCAGGCCGAUCUGGUUCUCGCUGGAAGGCAGUUCCUGAGGGAAGCCGAUUUCGUGCUCAGCGCGGCGCAGGAACUUGACGUGCCGGUACAGUGGCCGUCGCAGUAUCUCAGGGCGGCGCCCAAGGUUAACAGGCCCAAUCUUUAG